GCCGGACCUGCGCGGCGUGCACACCGCAGCAGUAGAUCUUUCAAUUUUGUUGUUUUCUUUCUACACGUAUUGUUGAAUGCGUCGUCCCUGGCGAUUGAGGCUGAGAAGUGGCACCGUGGCUUGGUCCGAUGACAGGUGGCAAGGUCGCAUGGAAUCAACAUGUCAAACAGUAUUGGAGAGAGGGAGCGUGACCUGGUGUUAGCCAACUCCACAGCCGGUUUUGACCCAGACAGAAGCAACAGGGAGCGCCGCAAGCUAAAGCGGAAGAUCUACACGGAUGGGCGUAAGCGCGCUCUGUACGAUGACCGCGGCUGUCUGAUGAGUGGUCAGGACGUUUGCGACUGUCUGCAGCCCGACUGUCCAGGCUGCCACUUCCCCUGCGCCAAGUGCGGCUCUCCCAUGUGCGGUCACGAGUGCAGGUCGGUCCAGGCCCGGCUGGGGAGUCAGGUGCGAUGGCGUUGGCCUAUGAGCAUCAAGGUAAACCGCAAGUGGAUGUACGACCAAGUGGAAAUUGAGGGCACAGACAAGGUGUUGCGCAAUAGGUUCCGCGAGUAAACAGUACCAGUGGUUGUUCCGGAAGCCUCUGGGCCGAACUGCCUGUGCUGUAAGACUGGACACCAGCGCCGCUUGUCACACCGGAGCGGCGGCAUUGCCUCGUCGGCGCCAGUACAGUAACAGUGUAGUAGCGCCGUCAGACUGGUACACACCAGUCAGUGGCGUUAUUGGUUUUCUCCGCACCACUCCGUGAAAACUGCGGUGGUCGCACUCGACACUCGCCAGCACCGUCCGGACUGCUCUCUCCGUUCCACCGGAUCGUCAGAGUCGCACCGUCCCACCCGCCACUCUCCCCGCCGCACCGGACUGUCGGAGCCGCACCGUCCGGACCGCUCUCCCCGCCGCACCGGACCGUCAAAGCCGCACCGUCCCACCCGCCGUUCUCCCCGCGGCGAUGGCGUCGGCCGGCGGCGGCUCGGGCGUGCUGCUGGGCCUGGAGGACGCGCCACUGACGCCAGCCGACGAGCGCCGCUCUGACAUGACUGUCAGCCGGCUGGGCGGCCGGCCCGACUGGCCGACACCCGGCGCCGCGCCGCCGCCUCCGCUCUGCGCCCGCUGCGGCCGGCCGCAGCCGCUCGUCGUGCAGGUGUACGCGCCGAUCGGCGCCUCCGCCUACCACCGCACGCUCUACGUGUUCGGCUGCGCGACGCCCGAGUGCGCCAACGAAAGUGCCGCGUGGUGCUGCGUGCGCGCGCAGCAGCGGGCGACCGGCGGCGCCGAGCCGGCGCCUGUGCCGGC